UCCAAUCAACAUCGAUGGAGAAUGGAAAAAACAUUGAACUUGAGAGUCCACAAAAGAAGUUUUAAUGAAAAUAGCAAUUUAAAUGAAGAAAUAUUAAUCAAUCAAAAAGAUGUACCAGAUGUGAUAAUCGGCGAUGUCGUGGAAAUUUAUCACAUUGAAGAUGAGGAAAGCCGCCUACUUUUGCAAGUGACAUCAUUAUCUGAUGAAUUUCAGCAAAAAGGGACAGUUAGUAUUGAGCAAAGUAUUGCUAAUACUUUCCAGCUGAGAGCAUACAAAGAUGUCAUUGUCAAGAAAGUGGACCCAAAGGGUGUUGCACUGGAUCUGGUGGAGAUGCUAUUUAAGGAUCAGUACUUUAGCAGAAGCGAUUUCUGGAGGCUGAGAAGUGGCAUCAUCGGCACCUGUGUGUACCUCAAUAAAAAGAUUGAACAUGCAGAAAUGAGGCAACAAGUGAUGGAGAUGUGGUCUAAAGGAGAGAGAGUCAUGUGUGGAACCAUCACAGAGGAAACACGGAUUGUGUACAGAUCCUCGACGGCUGUUGUCCAGAUCUUUAUCCAGAUGAGUAGCGAGAUGUGGGACUUCGACAUCCUGGGAGAGGACCUUUACUUUGAGAAAGCUCUCAAUGGUUUUCUGACUGAUCUCUUUGCAAAAUGGAAGGAACAGAACUGUCAGCACGAUGUCACAAUCGUCUUGUUUUCAAGAACCUUUUAUAAAGCUCAGUCACUAGAUGAAUUUCCAGAAUACAUGAGAGAUUGUAUUGUGUGUGAUUAUAAAGGACGGUACUAUCAGGACUUUUACAGAAUUGUGGUUCAGAACGAGCGAUACGAUGACUGGACAUCCACCAUGAUACUGCUCCGUAAGCUGUGUAACUCGUACAAGGAUAAGAUCUUGAACUACCACAAACAGAAGGGCCACAAAGCCCCCGCCGCCUACAACUCAACCGCCGCCCAGGGCAACUUCCUGGAGACCCUCAAUAUGUCCCUCAACUUGUUUGAGGGCUACUACAUAGACAGGAACUUUGAUCGGACGGGGAAGGUUGCCGUGGUUAUUACACCAGGAGCUGGUGUGUUUGAGGUGGACAGGGAACUAGCCAACAUCACUAAACAAAGAACCAUUGACUGCGGGAUAGGGAGCGACUUGGUCUGUAUGGGGGAACAACCUCUUCAUGCUGCCCCAUUAUUCAAGUUCCACAACAAGCUUGCCAAAACAUCUCUAGAGGUUGGAGAUGAUUACAACAUCCCUCACUGGAUGAAUCACAGCUUUUACAUAUCAAAAAGUCAAAUAAAGGCACGUCUGCAAGGCUCAUUCAUCCCAAGAAUUAAACCACCACCAGAAUUUAAUGAAACCCAAAGAAGACCCAGUGAGAGAAAGUUGUUGGCCCAUUCUCCAAAUAAACAGAUUCAGGAUGAAAACAAUAUUCCAUUUGUUGAUUAUGAUGAAUACGAUGCUCAGAUCUGGAAACUCCCCACACCCAACUCUACCAGGUUUGGGUCUUUGAAGUUUUCCUACCAAACCAGAAGACAACCACAGACCAUGGCAGAGGCCAAGCAGAUUAAAAAGCCAAGAAAGCGGAACGUGUCCGAUGACUACCCGAGCAUGGCGGUGGAGAAAGGGGAGAGGAGGGGGUCCCCGGCCAUCAACAUCCCCACCCUGUCACGCUCCAGCAGCUCUGAGGACAUCUCCUCCUCUGUUGGGUGUUAUCCAAUCAUAAAAAAACCCUCCAGCAAGGAAUCGAAUGAAUCUGCCGAGACGGAUGAUUCUUUCUUUAUGCGUAGAAUUGUUGGUAGCGCAGAGUCUCCUGUUGGCUACUCCCGGAAACACAUUCACCAGGCCAAGUCACGCCGUGCUCUCAUCAACCCAUUCGCUCCCUCCAGGAUGCAGUUCAAAAUGACCUCAAACAGACGGAGAUGGGUGCAUGCCUUCCCCACAGAUCCUCAAGGUGCAGCAGUACAAACCCACCAUUUUCACAUCUAUAAUAAGAGAGAAUCUUCAGCCACAUUAGAGAAGAAGCUCAGCAGAGACUCAUUGAAGAUGUCUCAGUUGUCCAUGGAUAUGAAGACACAAUCCUCUUUCAGCAAUUUUGACAGCACUGAGAAGUUCAGUGAGAAGUUCUCUGAACCCUCCAGUCUAAAUCGCAUCCCGAGCGGUCUCGUGUCGGAGGAUAAGUUUUAUGUGGGGUCAGUGGAUAGCUCCCCUACCAGUAGUGUCCAGAAUCUGGAGCGACUGUUCCAGGGUUCCUCCCUCACCUCUACAUUACAGCACAACAGUGCUUCUGACCAGGGUUCCCUUGGAGGACGAGGCAUGAAAAAGGCCCGGGAGAACAGGUCUUACCUGUGGGGGCCGACAGGUGAACAGGAGUGGAGCCCGGACAUGACCACAGGCCAGGACUGGUUUCCUGCUCAUGGUUGCCAAACUGACUCGUGUCUCGUCAAGCCAAUACUUACUGCAGAUAUACACUCACAAAAUUUCUGUGCUGGAAUAAGCGUAGACUGGAAGUCACUGACUAUGCCUGCCUCUCUCCCAAUCACCACGGAUUACUUCCCGGACAAACGCAGUCUGGAGAAUGACUACACUGUGUCACAGUACACGCUGAUUCCAGAGGACGUCAAUAGUGAAUACUACUCAAGUCCCCCUGUGACAGAAGAUGAUAAGUUCUACAGAAGGCAGCCGCUAUCAGUGACAGAACUGUUCCGAGAGUUGAUCUCUCAGAGGCUAGCCCAGGGUUUCCAGAUCAUCACCAAGAAGAAGCCCCCCAAGCAGCCCCUGGACACCAUGUCUGUGGGGGCGAGUCCUCAGUUUCAGCACACCUCCAGUCUGAUUCGGGCCAGACCCAGAUCUGGGCCACAGGAGGAGAUUUACCUGAGUAUAGGACUGAUAUUCCAUAAGCUGACCCUCAGUGGACAAACCAUUCAGGUCACUCAAUACAGACCAAGACAUGAACAGCGACAGUUGAAGUAUCUGUACCACUACCGAUUCCAGGUCCCAGACUCGCCCAGUUACGACGUCUCUACCAGCCAGUUCAAAAACGAAAAGCUGGAGAAUUAUAAUUGGAACUAUCUGGAUCAGUACAUCUGCACUCGGGGCGAGGGCGAUUAUGGACUUUUGGAUCCCCUGAAGUACUGGAGAUCCCGAUUUUUCCUGCUGCCAUGCAACAAUCCAGCAACCAGGAAAAUUAUUGAGGGAAAUGAUAGCAUAUGGCCUAGGUGUGAUAUAUACCAGACGAGGAGCAAACAGGAACUUCAGCAAUUAAUCAGUGGAUUUGUCCGCUUCCUGGAAACUCUGAACAAAAUGCGCAGGACAGCGCAGACCCGGAGACAAAAGCACUCUGGAGACAAUGUUUCUAGUACACCAACAUCAGAUCAGCAGACGUCACAAGCCAGUCAGAAAGAGGCUGUUCUAUUAUCAGUGACCAUGGCAUCCUCUAAACUGAUUGAGGCAAUGAAAGAUCCACAGACAGGACUGUCCAUGCUGCCUAGACAAACUGGACUCCCAGAAAGCUGCUUCAUCGCCGAAGAAGCUGUUGACUGGUGUAUACAAAAUAUUCAGGAGGUCAAGGACGUUACCAGUGGCAUAGGGCUCAUGCAGAGACUACAAGAUGAGCACUACAUUUGCCACUCCUCAGGAAACCCUCAGCACAAGUUCAUACAUGGCUUCUACCUUUACAACAUUGUGUCUCCAAAAGAUAAACCUAAAUCAGAUAUGUAUGGUCCCAGCUACAAUUACUUGUUCCAAAACGAGUGGUGCGAGGUGUCUAUACUGCCAGUAGUGAGGGAGAGAGCGGAGGUGCCGUUGUUUACGAUGGAUGAGUCACCCUGCCAGGUGUCUGAGCUCUGGGUCAACCAAUUAACCAACGACUGGCGGGUCCUCUCGGGGAUUGACACGGGGGCCCAGGGCUGGGGCCAGCAAUCAGGUUCUCGGGUUAAUCUGUGUGCAAUGAAAGCCACACUGACUCACAAGUAUGUUCAAGUUGAUGUGGAUGGAAACAACAAGAGUGAUCGUCCUGAGUGGGCGUCAGCCCGUUAUCAUGCCUACUACAGCCCCAAUGCUGCUUUUGAACUACAGUUACAAUGGAUGGUAGCCACAGGGCCCAUUCUCCAAGACCUGGUGACCACAUGGGGACGGAAGGCCCAGGCCUGUGGCUUCCACUUGUUGCCUGUACCUGGUGACCCCUUUGCACUCCCCUCUGCACCAGACUCUGACCCUUUGAGAGGUCCUAUUUUCGUCCCAUUGGACAUUGCUAGUCUUUCACAAGGAGGAAAGCCAGUUUUUCAUGAUUUGGAUCAAGUUGCAAAAUCCAAAAAAUUACUUCAUUUUCAAGAUGAAAUUAUCAAGAGGUAUGGCUUUAUGCCCAUCAAUGUGUGUGUGUCAGAGACACAUCGUCACUACAUGUCAGAUGAACAGCAGCAGUAUGUGCAUUGUACCGGAGGAAUGUUUAUCCUGAUGGAAAGCAGUCAAGUCACUUCAUCGCCAAAAGUCAUCAAAAUUUCUAGUCGUGUCAGCAAGAAGUCUGCAGGGGAACUCCGCAAGGAUUAUAUUGCCAGACAAAAUAGCAACACCUCGAACACCGAGGUAGUAACACAGAACAAAGUGGGCUUCCUGUGGUCUUGGAAUUUCAUGUCGUCCAAGCGAUGGCGGUCCCCAAACACAGGCGACGAGAUCUUCCAGGACAGGAUGUUGGCAGACUUCCGUCAAUUCUGUGCAAACGAGAACAACAGACUGAAAGAGUUUUGGAAUGAUUUCAAUUUAAUGUUUGCUUUGUAGUGACUGUAGUGCAGUUUCUGGGAGUUGGUGCAAUUUAUAAAGGUGCAAAUUUAAACAUUUUGCUAUUCAUUGCAAGUUUAUUAAAAUGUAGUGAUAUUAUACAUGAAAUAAACAAUUUAUCAGAACUUUC